AGUAGCUAAACUGCAGCAUGGUUUGCAGGCGGGGAGAGAUUAGAGCAGGAAGAUGUGUAGCUCCAGUUUGGAUACUGAAGAGGAGCUUGUUCUUGGAGAGCAGAGGUUUAAGUACUUUUGUAUGGAAUUUGUGAAACACUCUGAAAGCAUAGGAGAUGGCUGGGAAUGGAAACAGCUGCAGGAAAUCAAUGAAGGUUACAUGCAUAAAACAAGCUGCCAAACCAGACCUAUGAAAACUGGAGCAAGUCAAUGGAAGAAGGGUGAUGAGGAUGCUGAGAUUGUGUCUACUGAAGUGAAUUGGCAUGUUGAAGAUGUGGAUGACUCUGAUGCUCUCCAGGUUGCUCAAGAUCCAGAAGUGGUUCACUAUGAGUACCAUGUCUUGUACUCUAGCAGCUACCAGGCCCCUGUGCUCUACUGUAGGGCAAGCUUUUUAGAUGGAAGACCACUUACACUGGAUGAGAUCUGGCAAAGAGUUCACGAAUGCUUUAGACCUUGUCUUCUCCAUGGGCCAUGGGAAACAAUCACACAACAGGAGCAUCCGAUUCUCGGGCAGCCUUUUUUUGUGCUGCAUCCUUGUCGGACCAAUGAUUUCAUGAAUUCUAUUCAAGGAACAAACAGGACUGGAAAUUACAUCACUUCAUGGUUAAGUACAGUAGGACCUGUUGUUGGAUUGAUUCUGCCAUUAAGUUAUGGAAAAACAGUUUAAAGGACCAGAGGAUCCGUCUUUCCCUGAAGAGUUGACUCAUCUUUCCUUGUCUGCUUGGAAUCAGAAUCCACUCCUGUGAAAUUACAUUAUCUUUAAAGACCGUGAGAUUUCAUGCUUAUAGUAUAUAAAUUACAUAUUAACUCCAGUUUAUUGAUCUUGUUCUUGCACUGCUACAUAAUACUGUGUUUAACCAAUACCUUGAUGUAUGGUGAGGUCACGAAAUGCUUAAUAUAUCAACCAAAAUGACAAAUAUAUUUAAAGGGUAUAAAAGAUAAUGGAAACAGCAAAUAUCCAAAUACAUCAAAUCAAAUAAAGUCUUCCAAGGGCAGCACUUCUUCUUUAAACAUCAACAUCCAUCUCAGCAUGACUAAAAAAAAGACCCGUAACUAAGAGGAUGCCACAUUGCAUAGGUCACACAAGAGCAGGAGGCAAAAUGAAGGAGCAAUAUAUAUUUAAACUUACGAAUGAGGAAAGAGGAGAGCUGAGUCUUUUGAGUCGAUAAACAAGUUUUAUUAGGAGCAGGCUUCAGGACACAAGGUAAGCUCCUAUCUUACGCGUUUCGCUCAUCAUGUGACUCUCGCCAGUCUAUCAGACACAAACAUGGGAACUCCCGGUGCAAAACAGGAAAAGUUCCCCCCCAAAAGGAUACAACUUUUUAUAAAAUCAUUUAAAAAGUGACUAAAGUAAGAGUAUGCAGACUCAAACAAAUAGUCCCCAUAAAAUGUUCAGUUAUGUGUAUUAGAAAACUGUGAAUUGCACUUUAACUUGUUUUGUUUAUUUUGCUCUCUUUACUGUAAUUUAACUAAUAAAUUGUGGUAGUUCCACUGCUCCUAUAGAGGCUGACGUCCAGACUUCAGAAACCUAACCCUGGUAUACUCUUUAUUUCUGUUAUAGGAUAAACCUAAUCAAGAGGUCUUCCAAGAGGUAUCUCCCUGGUUUGCUAAGAAUAUGAAAGUAUUAAAGGCUUCUAAAACACCUGUCUAUGUGCAGAUAUCUUAUAAUGCUGUGCUUAAUUGCUUAUGUACGCUAUGUAUAUAUCUUUAAAAUAAGAUUCUAACCAAACAUCAAAAUACAAUUAAUUAUAAUAAGUAACGCAGUCUUUUGUGUUAUCUUCUCUAUAGCCUCACAAAACUCAAAUUUAAAUAAUUUAAAUGCAUCUUUCUCCUAAUAAUGGCACAUUUCUAGAUGAUAUUUAUAGAAAACUAUACAUUGACCUACAUAAGCUCACCUCUUCCCAUCUGAAAACUCAUAUAUAUGGAGCUGUAGAUAACAUAGGGUAGCUCAACAAAUGCCAUCCUUACCUACUAAAGUAGGGGGCUUGGGGAUAAACAUAUGGAGUUUUCCUCCAGUGUAUCGGUGCCACGAUUGUAUCUAACAAACCUCAAACUUGUGUAUGCUUAGAGCAUAUUUUGGCACAACCCCCCAGCAAUUUAGCAGUUGCUGAUUUCAGAAUAGAGAACUAGCUUGAUGAGUGACAGUGUAUCCAAUAGUCCCCCAUAUCUCCUCUCACACUUCUCCGCUCACUCCUAUAUUAUUAAACCCUACUUUUUUAGUGACCAGCCACUUUAUCCCUUUGCACACUCUGGAUAUUCAUAUGUAGAUUCCAGUAUUAGCUGUGAGGGACACAACCAAACUGAGAACAAAACAGUAGCUUGAUGACUUGCGAGAACAAUUUUUUAGAUCUUUGUUAUGAUUCCAUUAAAUAAUUCCUAAUUUUGAAUGCCUAUCUGACACUGUGCUUCCACUGAAACAGGCUAUUUCUUUAUCCGAUGCUCACUUGCUACAUGCUGAUUAGCAAACCUUACCAAAUUACGCAAACAGUGGCAGAAAGAACUAUUGUAUACAAUAUCUCAUGCUAAAUGGUCACAAAUUUUUAGAGAAACAGCACAAUCUGCCCAAUCAGCACAAUUGUCAGAAACCAAUUUGAAAAUAAACACCCAAUGGUAUCUGACUGUACAGAGGCUCAACAUUCCCAGGGACAUUAAACAAGUGCUAGAGAGAGUGCACAUGGACCAUGUAUCCCAUUUGGUGGCAAUGUCCCUUUAUUCAUAAAUUCUGGAUAGAAAUACAGUACUAGGAGAAAUAAAUAAAAGCAGACUUAUGCUAGACGUGAUGAUGUUCUUAUUUGUACUAUGCCUUAUCCUUAAAGGGACAAAAAACAGUAUGAACUAACAUAAGUUUCAAAAUAUAUAAUUUAGCCAAAGCUUACCUGCAAAACAGUUUCUGUUUUAACCCCCAUUAACCCCUUUAAUUCAGAUAUAGUUUUGUUUGCAGCAAGCUCCCCCCUGGGCAUUUCCAUAUAUGGAAAGUGCUAUCCAAGCUAUAGCUUCUGCAGAAUGCACUCAUGCAUGUGCACAGUAGGGGGCAGUCAUAUGGCACCUGACUAAAGCAGUGCAUAGUAUAAUGCUGAAGCUUUCACAAAGCAUGUUAAAUUAAAUCGCUAUGGAAACAAGCAAACCUUUUGGCAACAAACAAUAGCAGUACUUGCCGUCCCUCCUUAAACCCCCAUGCUUGCAUAAGUAAUUAUCCACACAUGCACACUUUGUUAUAUGAUAUCACAAGGUUUAGAGUAAGACACUGAUAAGGGGGGUGAAGCAGGCUACACUUGGCAACACCAAAGUGUAAGUCAUUUUGAAGAUUAUUGGAAAUGUUAUUAAAAUACUUAUAAGCUUUUUUUACACUUUUUUCACACACUGUUUUACCUCCAUUGGCCCUUUUAUAAUAUGCACAUAACUUAAAAUGUUUUAUGGCACUUAAGUGCAAACUGAGUAAAAAAUUGUGUAAACUACUUAUCAACUGUGCCAAUCAGCUGGAAUGGGAUCGAAAGGUAGACUACAUUAUCUCUUGAGAGAUAUUAUUACAUUUCUUUUGGCCAAUUAGAUGCAUUUUAUUAUAUCAAAUUUCUAUGGGAAUAUUUUCAAUGUUGUAUAAAAGUGAACUUUAACUACAAAUGGAAACUGAAUUCAUAUAGAGACUUAAAAAACAAACACAGAAUUGGAACUUACUAUAGUGCCAUGAUCCAAUAGCAAAUGGUGUCAAUGGACUUCAAGACAGGAAUUCACUGGACCUACACAGCCAAUGGAACAUUGACACAUGGGACUUAUGCCAUACAUCUCAUCUUUGGUGUUGGAGAUUGGCUACUUGACAACUAUUAGCAGACACAGGCCAUAUAUUCAAUGUUAAAUGUAACAUAGUUUGAUAAAUAAUUGUAUACUCCAGUUCUGUCCAGUGUAAUUGUGAUAUGUGUAAUAAUCUCUUUUUAUAAAUAAAACAUAUGCAAAAAUUA